UUCGCUAUGGCCGCGGUAGGACCUUCAGGGAAGUCGCGCGAUGCAUCCUCCUCACCUGCAGUAGGUGGUCCCGGUGGCGACUUGGGCGAGGUCCAGUAAGGGGCAUCAGGGAAGUCUCUGGAGCCAGGUUAACCGAAAAACUCGCGGAGAGAGGCCGUGUGCUGCCCCUCUGCUCAGGAACGGCUUUUCCAUCCAGACGUUACCACCCGGCACCCGCCUCACGUGUUGCAGCCCUCUUGCCACCUCUGCAGAAAUAAUCAUAACGUUGCUGCCUACUGAGGCUGUUUACUGACGACCCACCUAAUGCCAAGCUCUGUGCACAGCUACUGCGAUUCUUACAACAGCCCUACAAGUGAAGGUCCUGGACCAGCAGAGCUGAGGGAACCAAGGCUUGGACUGUAGCAACUCUGCUGAGGUCAUCCCCAUGGCUGUUCCACAUGGUUCAAAUGAAACUUCCUAUUUGCUACCUCCAAACAAAGAGGACUGGGAAGGUCAAGGCGUCCCUGACUUUAUCUAUGGACAGAAGGACCUCAUGUGGGAAGGGAUUCAGUGGCCAAGGAACACAGCCAGCCUCUUGGACACCCCGCCACCGUCUCGCUUCGACACUGCACUCUGCUCUGCCUGGAGGCAGCGGAUGGAGCUGGGGCUGUUCCGCUACUGCCUGGGGGAGCUGCAGACCCAAACCCUCCCUGGCACUGUGGGUUUUGUGGCUCAGCUGAAUGUGGAGCGAGGGGUGCAGAGGAGGCGCCCCCAGAACAUCAGGAGCGUGAGGCAGCCAUUUGACCCUAAACAGUUUAACUUCAACAAAAUCCAGCCAGGAGAAGUCCUCUUCCGUUUGCACCGGGAGCCGGGUCUCCCAGAUGUUCUCCAGCAAGAGGACAUCCUCGUGGUGAUCAAUGUCAGCCCCCUGGAGUGGGGCCACGUGCUGCUGGUGCCUGAGCCCUCCCGGGGGCUCCCCCAGCGCCUGCUGCCAGGUGCACUGCGGGCUGGGCUGGAGGCUGUGCUGCUGAGCUCACACCCGGGCUUCCGCGUUGGCUUCAACAGCCUGGGUGGCUUGGCCUCAGUAAACCACCUCCACCUGCACGGCUAUUACCUGUCCCACAGGCUGCCCGUGGAGGGAGCCCCAAGCGAGCCCCUGGACCCUGGGGGCCAUUUGCACCUACUCCAGGCUGUCCCAGCUCCCGGCUUCCUCUUCUACACCAGUGGGGCAGGGCCUGACCUGGAAGCCUUGAUAAGCAGGGUGUGUCGGGCCACUGACUACCUGACUGACCACGAGAUUGCGCAUAACUUGUUCGUGACCCGGGGGGCCCCACCUGGGAAGACUGCACCUUUCUCAGCCCUCACAGGGGUCCGGGUAAUCCUCUGGGCCCGGAAGUCCAGCUUUGGGAUAAAGGAAGGUGAGGCAUUCAACGUCGCCCUCUGUGAGCUGGCCGGCCACCUCCCUGUCAAAACGUCCCAGGACUUCAGCAGCCUGACAGAAGCUGCCGCUCUGGCCCUCAUUCAAGACUGUCUGCUGCCCCACGAUCAGGCAGAAGAGGUACAGGCAGCACUGGUGGCCUUGACAACCCAGAAGGAGCAGUAAUCCUUCCGGAAGUAUUUAUUUUCUAACUAAUCCAAGUCUCUUGACGGAACUGUCCAUAAUGGUCAUUUGGGCAGUUUCAUGACUGCCUUCUCACUUGUCUCUGGAGGGAGCAAGAACUGAUAAAAGCGGUCUCUUUGAAGAGCCGAAACCUUGUAAUAAAUCGAACUGAAUGAG